AUGCCGAAGCUGCCAUCGCAUUCACGCUCCCUUCGCUUGGCGCUCCAGCCAUCAAGAGCGGCGGGCCGCUCGGUCACUUCCUCGCCGCGGAGAACCCUCGCACAUCCGCGUCAUGGCAUCUUGAAUGACCCUUGGCUUCCUGCGCCGUCUACAGUGCCACUUCCUACAGCAUAUUUCUCGCCGACUGGUGUACGCAAAGAUUUGAAUGGGCUAGGUGGCGGUCCUGGGAAUAAUGACCACAAACCGCCGGAUGAGCGGGUCUUGAAGCUUGGAAAGACGCUACGAACACUAUCUCCUCUACUACCGACAAUAUUGUACAAUACCCUUCCACCAGAAAUCCUCGCGCCGAGCGUUAACCUCCACCUCUUCCCGUCAACCCACCCACAUCUCCCCACCGUCAAGGGACGCACGUUGUACCGCGCUGCGCUAUGGACUGUCCCUGUAGCAUGGAGUAGCGUCCCACUUGUGGGAAACGUGAAACUACAAAUCUUGAGCGAGCGCAUCGUGCGCGCGGGGACAAUUCUCGACCCGAAGCACGAGGACCAACAUGACUGCGGCGAUGAACGGCUAGUCGUACGAUGGAGAACAGAGCCGCGCACAGAUAGCCGGCCGUUCCACGAUGUGAAGAAGUCAUCUGGAGCGCAGAGCGACAGCUCGGGCUCAUCGCAGACGUCGAAAGCAGGAGCAGGCUUGACGCCGGGACAGAGUCACCUCUCGUCCUCGAAGAAUGGGACAAAUAGAGGACUCAGUGUGCUCCUCGGUGGCGAAGAACCCAUUUUCAAACUCUCCAAAGAGGGACAGUUCACUGGGCUGUUCAUCUUUUCGUUCGACGAAAAGGGUCGUAUCUUGACGCAUACUAUCGAGCAUGCUGAUGAAGCGGAGGGCUGGGACCGAACCUCUAAGUUUGUCACGUUGACUGACUGGCUUAUUGGUAAGGCUCGCGAAUCUCUUGAUCCAACGCCAAAUCCGGGGCUAGCCAUUUCCUGUGAGAACUAUGGGUCGGCACCCAGUCACGCAGAUUAUCAUUGUCGGCGCUCAUAA